AUGGUACAAACCCGCCAGCAAGCCCGCGAGGCAACCCCGGAUUCCAGACCUGCCGUGCCCUCCGAAAAGACGACACCACCGCGCCAACGGAAGAAGUCAAAUGCUGAGAUACUCGAAGAGGAAGACCAUGUAUCCUUUGGGGUAUUGGAUCUACUCCGUAUUAUCGGAGGGGUUGCGGUAUUCACUUGUAUGCUAAGUUACUUCAUCAUGGGUGAUUCCUAUGUCUGGGGGCAAGACAAGAUAUUUAGGAAGUAUUGGAAUGGCGUAAAAAGAACUUUUACGAAGCCAAUAUAUCUCGACGAAGCUACGUUGGCAUUAUACAAUGGCACGGACCUGGCGCUGCCGAUAUACCUCUCGAUUAACAGAACAAUCUACGAUGUUUCAGAAGGGAGGAAUAAAUACGGUCCGGGUGGUGGUUAUUCGUUUUUUGCUGGUCGGGAUGCAAGUAGAGCAUACAUUACUGGAGAUUUCAAAAAUGAUUUAACCUGGGAUGUUAGCGGAAUUGACGAGGAGAGAGUACAGAAAGCAUUGGGUCACUGGGUCAAUUUCUUUGCCAGUCACGACACCUACACAUUUGUGGGUUAUCUGGUACGCGAUCCAACGAAAGCUCAGACCGAAGCGCCCGAGCCCGAGCCCGAGCCUGAGCAUAAGCCUGAUGAGCUCUAA